AUGAACUACAUCGGUGAGAUAUUAAACACAUCCAAUUCUUCCAUCGUAGAAAUAAGUAUCUCAGCUGCAAAUACUCUGGGAAAAAUUCGCUGGAAGAAUCCGGAUGAUCAAUUCAAUUAUGUGAAUAACUUGCUCGGCUAUAGAUUUGGGUCACAUAACACCUCGGUGCUCAUAGAUCCACCAAAACGUUUAAAAAUCGAAAUAACCAAAUCGAAUCACGAGUCUUAUAGUACAGAUGAUAAACUUCCUGAAAAAUUUAAACGGCGCCAAUUACGGGGAAAAAAAUACAACGUAGGGCAAACAUCAACAGAUGCAUACAAUCCUGUCUACACGAUAACUAAAAUGGGACAUUUAAUACCAGUGAAGAAGCAUUAUGCAAAUAAUCAGAAGCGCAGUGAGCCCAGACACCACUCCCCACAUCAUCACACAGAUGAUGGAAAUGAAGAAGAAAGAGCUGCUUAUAGAAGUCGACACAAAUCAAAACUAGAAGAAAAGGGCAAAGGAAGAGAAUAUUACGAAAAAGAGACGACUUACAAUAAGCAAGGACUUAUUCACCACGAAUACGACUCCCUCAAAGAUAUCCAUAAUGGGCCUCGCAAUCCUCAAUAUGCCAGCAAAGGUUCAUACAACCACGACGUAGAUUCACAUCCUUAUCCCUAUGAUUCCCGGGAUUAUGAUCCAAGUUCUCAUUAUGCCUCUCACAAAUCAAGAGGAAAAGGUAAAUGGGGUUAUCCCAAAUAUGAGAAUGACUAUGAGAAAAAUGAAAGAGGCCAUGGAAGGCCAAUUCAUCAUAAUUACCUUGAGGGAUAUGAUGGCGACAAAUAUGGAGAGCUAUCGGAUAAGGGUUACGGCGAUAUAGUUUAUGAUAAUGAUAAUGACAACGAUGAAAAUCAUAUUGAUAGAGAUUACUUUCGAGAGAAGUUCCAGAAGACCCUGAAGGAAAAUAAGUUGGUCAAAGAGAAGAUAGGCAAAUACAACUUUAUCAAACACGCAUCCAAGGGGAUAGCUAAAGGGGAAAAGAAAGGGAUUAGAAAAGGUAAAUAUAGUCAUCAAGAUACUCAUUCCUAUCAUCCCGACCUUCAUGAUCACUCUCAAGUAAACUAUUAUAAUGGUAAAAAAAAUGAAAAUCAGCAGAAAGACAUUGCUCAUCAUGAUGGAAAUUCUCGCCACCUCGAAAUUGAUUCCCGUAGAAGUUAUAAGGGCACUACUCAUACCCUUCCCGAUUCAAGGGGCGGAGAAACGGACCAAUAUAACGUUAAGCGAAAACAUGCUUACAAUAUAGAUCCAGAGCUGACUCCUAGAAAAAUAGGUGAUUAUGGCAACAAUAGGGCAUAUAGGGACAAGGGAAAAGAUAACCUUAAGCCUGUAAGUGGUGAAUAUGGUAAAAUCGAUCAGUCAAAUCGUGAUGAUAAGAUUAAUGAUAAGCAUUAUAGCGAUAAUGGUGGCAAGCGAUACUUAAUAGAUCCCGCAACUUAUUAUUCCAGAUACAGCGAUUACAACAAACGAUAUCCCAAACUUAUACUGGUUAAAAAUAGGGACCUGGAAGUGGAUAAGAAAAGAAAAAAGGGCCAGGAGCUCUUAAAUUUGGGCGCCUAA